UGCAUUUUCGAAGACGCAUAUUGCUGAGACCAUGCAGAUCUUCGUGAAGACCCUCACGGGCAAGACGAUCACCCUCGAGGUGGAAUCGUCCGACACUAUCGACAAUGUCAAGUCCAAGAUCCAGGACAAGGAAGGCAUCCCACCGGACCAACAGCGCCUGAUCUUCGCCGGCAAGCAGCUCGAGGACGGCCGAACCCUCUCCGACUACAACAUCCAGAAGGAGUCGACCCUCCACUUGGUUCUCCGUCUCCGUGGUGGCAUGGCCAAGAAGCGCAAAAAGAAGGUGUACACCACUCCCAAGAAGAUCAAGCACAAGCGCAAAAAGACGAAAUUGGCUGUGCUCAAGUACUACAAGGUGGACGGUGAUGGAAAGAUUGAGCGUCUGCGUAGAGAGUGCCCCGCCGAGCAAUGCGGUGCCGGUAUCUUCAUGGCUGCCAUGCACAACCGCCAGUACUGCGGUCGCUGCCACCUCACCUACGUCUUUGACGACCCGAAGUAAAGGCGAUUCGAUGUGAAUAGCUGCGAUUGAGAAGGGAGGCCUUGAAUGGUCUGCAGUAGCUAUAUGCAAAUGGAAACCCUCGUCUGGACCACAUG